CCCUCCAUUGCCCACUAUUCUGCCGUCCCUGCUAGUCUUCUUUUGUUGCUAUCUUUACUUUUUCCUCCUUAAUUAAAUCUUCUGCCUUCUUGGUCAGAAGAUACUUCCACACCACACCACACCACUCCAUUCUCACUUGUGAGUUAUGACUACUCACUUGUGACUUUCAAACACAAACAAAAACCAUUAAAGCAACACUCUUUUACUCUAACUGCACCCAUCUGUUUCACACACAAUACACUUCACUUACCCCUUUUAAAAAGCCCUUUUUUUUUUAUAAUUCAAUUUUUUUCUUCCUCUUCCCAUUUCCCAACUCAAAAUCAAACUCAAACUUUGUCUUUUCCUUUUUUUUCUCUGUUCCCCUUUAACUCCUCUUACUCCUACAUUCCUCUAUCUAACAACUAAACCCUAGAUUUCAAAUCUGGGGUUUUGUUUUCUGAUUUUUCUACAUUUUUAGUUACAUCUAUAGUUGAUUUUCUGUAGCUGCAAUGCUUCAGUUCUAAAAAAACGAUUUUUUUUCUUCCCCUUCUUCUGGGUAAGUUUGAUUUUUGUGGGGUUGUUGGAUUUGUAGUGAUAUUAGGUUUUAUAAUUUAGAUCCCCUAAUUUUUAGUUGAUUUUUGGUUAAAAAUUCAAUCUUUUUCGUCUUUACCUCAUUAUUAGGAGUAAAUCUAGUUUAGCCCUUUUUAUUAUCCGUGUAUUUAAGAAGUUAGGUUUUAGAAGAUUGAAGAGGGUUUUAAGUUUUAACAUAAUUGCAUAGGUACUAUUCUCAUAGUAAAUGCAUGGAUGGUAGAGAGGCUAUGGCAUUCCCUGGUGGUCCUGGUUCGUAUUACAUGCAUAGAGGAGGGGUUGAGGCUGCAGGGUCUGGCUCUGGUGGGUUCCAAGUACCUCCUGGAUUUAGAGCUUUGCCAAACAAUGGUAUUAUAGGUCAGCAAAAUGUUAGGGCUCAGGGUGGUAAUGGUGAUACUAGUUCUAUGUUUUCGUCGGAGCCUCAGUCUCAGGCUGAUUUUAAUCAUGAUGUUAGCGUUGGUGCAUCUUCCGGGGUGCCUUUGACUGAGCCUGUGAAAAAGAAAAGAGGGAGACCGAGGAAAUAUGGACCUGAUGGAUCGGUUUCUUUGAAACUGACUCCAAUGUCUGCCCCCGCUAAUUCCACUCAAGAUUUGGGUACACCUUCUGAGAAACGGGGUAGAGGACGGCCUCGUGGAUCUGGAAGGAAGCAACAGCUGGCUGCAUUAGGUGAUUGGAUGACCAGUUCCGCAGGGUUGGCUUUUUCGCCUCAUGUUAUCACCAUUGCAGCUGGCGAGGACAUUGCAGCAAAACUAUUGUCUUUAUCACAGCAGAGACCAAGGGCUCUGUGUAUCUUGUCAGGCACUGGGAUAGCUUCUCAAGUUACUCUACGACAGCCCGCUUCUACCAAUGCCGGUGUAACUUAUGAGGGAAAAUUCCAAAUAUUAAGCUUAUCCGGUUCUUAUUUGGUUGCUGAAGAGGGUGGACCAACCAACAGAACGGGUGGCAUAAGUGUUUCUCUUUCUAGCCGUGAUGGUCAUGUUAUUGGUGGCAGUGUUGCUGUGCUUAUUGCUGGAAGCCCGGUGCAGUUGGUUGUGUGCAGUUUCGUAUAUGGUGGUGGCUCGAAGGUAAAGACCAAGCAAGGAACGGUUACCAAUGGGGAGAGUUCUGAGCCUCAUAAUGAUAACCUAGGUUCUCCAGCCAGUGCUCCACCUGGUCAAAACUACAUCUCUUCACCAACAAGCAUGUGGCCGGGAUCACAACCAUCGGACCUGAAAAGUGUGCCCGCACAUACCGGCAUUGACUUGACGCGAGGGUGAAAUUGAAGAGAUGGCAGUUUUGUAUAUACAUGCUGUUGUAAAUUAGCUUGAGUUUGUGAGCAUUGUGUGGCUUAGCUUGUUAUCUCCAUUGCAGGGUGACAAGUUUCCACUAACAUGCUGAAACAAAAGAAUCAUUUAGGAUUCCAUUAUUGAUUCAUCCAACAUUGUCUUGAGUUCAUUGAGUUCUGAGAUCCUACUUUAGUGACUGCAGAUAGUGAUUGGCUAUGGCAUUUGUUUGAUACCUAUUUCUUAUCAUCUACUACUACUUAGUGUUACCCUCUA